AUGACCUCUAAUUUACAUAAUGUAGUAAGAGAAAAUCCAAAACGCAGUACGCGUUCUAAUCCUGCUCCUAUUCCAAGACAAACACGUUCUGCUGCACGAAAAGGUAAAAAACAAGCUCCCGUAUCAGAAAGUACACCUAAUGAAGAGGAGCAAGUAGAAACUCCACAAACUAUUACAGAAACUCGAGAAGGUUCGUUAACUACAGAUUCAGAUAUUGACCAACCAUCUCAAGAAAAUCAACAAACACCACAACCAACUGUCAGAAUGGGAAGGUUAAGAAUACGUUAUACUGUUAAUCCUGAGCCUUCAACACCUUCACCACCUACACCACUUUCACAGCCGAUUGACUUAGUUACCACCCCAGUAAAACGUGGACCUGGUAGACCGCGUAAGUAUCCAGAAUCUGUUACCAGCACACCUCCUAGCUCAAAACGUAAAAAGAAAGCAGAUGACGAUGGUAUAACGAAACGUAGAAAGAAAACAAAAGAUGAUGUUGAUACAAAACGUCGAAAGAAAUCAGACGAUGAAACAUCGAUCAAUGAUGAUGACAACGAUUCUACAUUAUAUUAUAAGCAAACAGAUGGUGCUUUUGUUAGAACUCAUCAAAAGGUUGGUGAACUGACAACACAACCAAUGGAUAUUGAUGAUUUUGAAGGAGAUGAAGAUGAUGGUACAAUAGAUGAAAAAGGAGAAAUGAAAAUUACAAAAGAUGGUGAUUUAUUAGGUGGUCGUAAAUUUAAAGUAUCAGUUUUUCAAUUGCCAUCGCGAGGAAACACCUGGUACAUGUUAUCUAUGGAUCCUGCAAAACUUUUGGGUUUUCGUGACAGUUAUCUAUUUUUUUUGCGAAACCCAACUUUGAAAAGAAUACAUGCAACGAAUCAAGAACGUGAUUACCUUAUCACACACGGAUUUUUACCAUCAAAUUUUAGAAGCAGAGCGAUUACGCUCGUAUCAGCCAGAUCUACAUACAAGUUAUUUGGGUCAAAACUUAUUGUAGGAGGGAAAAAGAGGAGAGAUGAUUAUUAUGAAUCCUCAAUCAGAUUUAAUGAUGAUGAUCUGAGUGAUAAAGGAGAAGAAGCAUCAGGAGUAGAUAGUACAAGUAAUAUUCUUUCACGACGAGUGUAUUUGGGUUCAAAGCCACGUAAAAUUAUCAAUAAGACGAAUUGGAUGUAUCAAACGGCUUUGUCUUCAAGAGAUUAUAAUACACGUUUGAAAAUUCAUAGGAGAGAAAAGCCAAGAUUUUAUGAUCCUCAUACUGAUAUUGAGCAAAUACCUCAAGCAACUCAACCUACGCGCAUAUGGGUUGAAUCUUUAUCGCAACCAACAGGAUUACCACUCUCGAGUGAUAUAAUAAUAGCAACGAAGGACCCAGAGAUUCAUUUUGCGACGGUUCCUAGAAAUCCUCUUAGCACGCUAAGUGCAGAAGUCCUGGAAGUUUUACCUCCUGAGAUUCGACAGGUUGUUGAUAAUAUGGAAAAGGAGGAAGCAACAAGACAAGUUCCUGAUGAUAAGUAUCCUAUAGCAUUAAUGGAUGGUCAAUUCCAAUUUAGAUAUCCAAUACAUCGUACAAGAUUUGGCCAGGAUCUUCCCAGAGUUCUAAAACAUUCUUCUUAUCAAGUAUCUACCCCACCACCAUCAAUUUUCGCGUCACCUCCUGCAGAUGAUACUCCAUAUGAACAAUGUUACUAUUUUCCUGAUGAAAUAGAGGAUGAUAAUAUCCAGUAUACGCCAGGAAAGGCGCCUCCCCAAUUUAUUUGUGGUAUAUUGACUUCUACAACCGGACAACCCUGUAAACGCGGAGUGUCUUCUGAAGGAGAUAAGUGCAUGUUCCAUAAAGGACACGUAGAUGUUGAGGUAACCCCGGACGGGACCAUCCUAUCAAGAACUAUUCCUGAUAUGAUAGAUUCAGCUCUAAUUCAGGUUAGAUUCAUUAAAUUAUAA